AGAGGAGGGGAGGGCAACGGAAGAGGAGGGGGUGACAUAUUUGCAACUUUUCAACUCGGCAGUGUGCGCUCACCCUCCCUUGACUCAUUUACCUGAGGCCCUUACACACAUUCACAGGGAGGUGCACAGACGGGGAUUAAGCAUUUUCAUUUUUGAAGAAAGAGGAUUACGUCGUGUGCACUUUUUGGACACCUCGGAUACGAUCCUUGAGUUGCUGGUGUCAGACAGAAAGGUAUGGCACAGGGACAAAAGAGCCCCAGGUGGGCAUUGACCCAGCGCCCCUUCCACUUGGCACUGGGCCUGUGGCUCCUCCACCUCCUCGCCAGUGUCUCGGCAGCGGACGAGUACGACUACUACAGCUGGCAGUCGGACAACUUCCACAGCGGCCGCUUCUACACCAAGCAGCCGCAGUGCGUGGACAUACCGGCCGACCUGCGCCUGUGUCACAACGUGGGCUACAAGAAGAUGAGGCUGCCCAACCUGCUGGACCACGAGACCAUGCCGGAGGUCAAGCAGCAGGCCGGCAGCUGGGUGCCGCUGCUGGCGAAACGGUGCCACGCCGACACCCAGGUCUUCUUGUGCUCGCUGUUUGCGCCCGUGUGCCUGGACCGGCCCAUCUACCCGUGCCGCUCGCUGUGCGAGGCCGUGAGGGACAGCUGCGCUCCUGUGAUGGAGACGUACGGCUUCCCCUGGCCGGAGAUGCUGACGUGCGAUAAGUUCCCCAUCGACAACGACCUUUGCAUCCCCAUGCAGUUCACGGGCAACCACGCCACCCAGCCGCCAGCAGACUACUUGGGCAGCCUCUUGACAAUAGCGCCGAGUGCUGAGAGGGGGAGUGAGGGAGCUGAUGGGAGUCUGUCGACAGUAGAGGAAGUGUCAAAGGUGUGCCCUCCGUGUGACAACGAGCUGAAAGCGGACAACAUCAUGGAGCACUACUGCGCCAGCGACUUUGUCCUCAAGAUGAGAAUCAAGGAGGUGAAGAAGGAGAAAGGCGACAGGAAGCUGAUUGCGGCCCAGAAGAAGAAGAAAGUCUUAAAGCAAGGCGUUCUGCGCAAAAAGGACCUGAAGAAGCUGGUGCUCUACAUCAAGAACGGCGCCAACUGCCCGUGCUCGCAGCUGGACACCCUGGGCUCCAACUUCCUCAUCAUGGGCCGCAAAGUGGACCAGCAGCUGCUGCUCAUGUCCAUCCACAAAUGGGACAAGAAGAGCAAGGAGCUCAAGUUUGCCAUCAAGUACAUGAAGUCCCAUCAGUGCCCAACCUACCACACUGUGUUCCAGUGAUGCAGACCACCCAUCCAUUCUUACUCCACGCAUUCUUCAGUUAUUUUUACAAAUAAUACAACCUUGAUUCCAUAAUCCCGGAAAACACGGUCUCCGAUGUAUCUAAAGGAUGGUGAAGCUUUUAUUUGCAUAACACGGGAAGGAGGUUACAAUGUUUGUGUAUAAUGUUGAGGAGGAGCCUGUUCUCAUGACAAGUUAGUAGGACUUUAGCGGAAUUAGUUAAGGGUGUCCCGUUAUGAUAAUGAUAUCGGAUAUUGGUUUGAUAUCAGCAAGAAAAACAAGUAUGGGAUGAUAUGGGCUUGCAUGUCAAAUGUGUGACAUGAUGUCCGAUACAAGCAGUGCUUUACUUGUGCAAAGGUGGACAGCCAGUUAACAUCUACAUUUCCUCCAAUAAGCCCACAUGUUUGAUUUGUUCUUGUAUUGUAGUCAAGUCAUUGACAAAAAAGGUAAUUAUGGUAGGAUAUAAGCUACUAGGACAGUGGUUCUUAACCUGGGUUCGAUCGAACCCUAGGGGUUCGGAGGAGGUCAAAACACACCCGACUCAUCAUGUAUAUAAAAACUUCUCCCUAUCGGCGUAUUACGGAUACGGCAACAGCAGAAGUCACACUGAUUUGCAGGUGUGUAAUUUGUUGUGAGUUUAUGCACUGUGUUGUUUUUUUUCUUUGAACAAGGUGAUGUUCAUGCACGGUUCAUUUUGUGCACCAGUAAAAAAACAUGGUAACACUUUAGUAUGGGGAACAUAUUCACCAUUAAUUAGUUGCUUAUUAACAUGUAAAUUAGUAACAUAUUGGCUCUUAACUAGUCAUUAUUAAGUACUUAUUAAUGCCUUAUUCGGCAUGGCCUUGUUAUAACCCUAACCCUCUAACCCUGGCCCUAACCCUAACCCUAACCCUAACCAGAUAACUCUAAAUUAAGUCUUUGUUACUUAGAAUAUGUUCCCCUAGUGUCCAAAAAACUCUAAAUUAAGUCUUUGUUACUUAGAAUAUGUUCCCCAUACUAAAGUGUUACCAAAAACAUAUAACUUUGUCUUGAAUUUGAAAAAAAACAACAUUUUAUUUUUCACUAAAGAAGGGUUCAGUGAAUGCGCAUAUGAAACUGGUGGGGUUUGGUACCUCCAACAAGGUUAAGAACCACUGUACUAGGAGCUUGCAGCUACACAACAGCUACACACACAAUAGCACACAAGCUAGACAUACAUAAUCAGAGUCCUUAAUUUAACAAUAUUAAAGUGGAACUGCAUUUUUUGGAAAUUUUGCCUAUCGUUCACAAUACUUAUGAGAGACAACUAGACAAGAGGAUUUUUUUUGCUUUCUAACAUGUAAAAAUCCGCUGUAGGUGGCUAGCAAUGCAGCUAAUCGGUUCUGCCUCGAAAUCACUUUAAAAAUGCUUUCAAAAACCGUCAACAAUACUUCAUUUACGUUCCGUAACCUGUAUAGUAACCAAGCGGUAGCAACAUUGUUAUUGUAAGAGCGAACACAGAGGAACUCUUUUUCUAUCGUAGUAACACAUCGCCGUGCUACGGCAUUAGCCGUAAAAGCUAGAAAGCGAUAAGUUAGCUUCUACGUGAACACGAAACACGUUUAGUAGGGGUGUAACGGUACGUGUAUUUGUAUUGAACCUUUUCGGUACGGGGGUUCCGGUUCGGUUCGGAGGUGUACCGAACGAGUUUCCACACGGACAUAUUAAGUAGCGUAACGCACGUUGUGUAAACAAUGCACACCGGGGCACAACACACGGCAUGCUAGCAGCUAACGGGCUACGAUAGACUGACCAUACGUCUUCUUUUCAACGGACAUGUCCUCUUUUGCGGAGCUGUCAGGGCAAAGCUGUUUUUUUUUUCUUUCAAACUGUCAUUGCUCAAAACAUAAUAUUUAAUCAAAAUCAAUGUUAUUAUGAAUUAUUGACCUAUCCAAGGUUCCGAUUACUUCACAUCAAAUAUUCCACUAAGAAAAAUAUUUUUGGUGGAAGAUUUUGCAAAUUUGUUAAAUAAAUAACCCAAAAAUAUAUAUUUUGUUGUUUUCUUACUGUACCGAAAAUGAACCGAACCGUGACCUCUAAACCGAGGUACGUACCGAACCGAAAUUUUUGUGUGCCGUUACACCCCUAACGUUUAGGUUUGUAAUGCACAACACUGCGAUACGACACCAAUCUGUACUGACUGAAAAACAUGAACAAUCGUAUUACUGUAUCUGUAAAGUAUUAGCCCACGUUUCAUCUUUUGUUUGUACACAGCUAGCCAGACAGCGUAUGUACUGUAGUUGUAAUAACACACAUGGCGUGCUGCGUGUAUCAUGAUCAAUAUUAAAGUGACUCACUCGAUGGACAGUUGUUCAUUUGGUCCUGCUGGCCGGGGACUUUUCCUGUUGAUUUGGGGUAAGCAAUCCAUUUAUGUCGAAAAAGCUUGGCUCCAAGUUCCAUAUUUAUAGCGUCAAAAUCGCUUUCAUCCCCAUCUCCCGGCUUCCGUCUGCUCCAACGUCUUACUUUUUGUUUGUGCUGGUUUCUAUAAGCAGCAGUACAUUUAGCUUCAAAAAGAUAAGGCUUUGAAUCCACAUUUGUCCAUGAAUAGUCGUCUUCUCUAUCUGUUACCAAGUCUGCUAUUAUUAGAACACACACCCGUGUUUGAUUCCGGAAGUAGGAACACACAUUGUUGCUGAUAGUCGGACGUGCGCUGCUAUGGAAACAGAAAUCAACGCGCGGAAGAAAUCAGUCCCAGGAAAAGAUUGAAAUGAUAAAAAUACAGUAAAUAUCGUACAUAUUACAUAUUGUUAUAAUGUGUCUGUUACUACAUUAUAUAUAUAUACUUGUAAGUGUGUAUAUACAAUGUUGAUGGAGUGUUUUGAAGUUGUUUUAGAGGGCUUUGAAGGCUACAAAGCUGACUCCCAUUAGCCGCAUCUUUCAAUCAUAUCUAAAAUCCUUAAAAAUGUUUUUUUUUUAAACUCUCAUAAUAAUUGUGAACGAUAGACAACAUUUUAAAAAAGUGCAGUUCUCCGUUGAGUAGGGAUGUCCGAUAAUAUCGGGCUGCCGAUAUCAUCGGCCGAUAAAUGCUUUAAAAUGUAAUAUCGGAAAUUAUCGGUAUUGGUUUCAUAAUUAUCGGUAUCAGUUUUUAAAAGUAAAAUGUAUGAUGUUUUAAAACGCCGCUGUGUACACGGACGUAGGGAGAGGUACAGAGUGCCAAUAAACUUUGAAGGCAUUUCCUUUGCGUGCGUGCCGUCCGAGUCAUAAAAUAUCUACCGGCUGUUCUCAUCACGAAUUAAUGCAAGGCAUACUUGGUCAGCAGCCAUACAGGUCACACUGAGGGUGACCGUAUAAACAACUUUAACACUGUUACAAAUAUGCACCACACUGUGAACCCACACCAAACAAGAAUGACAAACACAUUUCGGGAGAACAUCCGCACCGUAACACAACAUAAACACAACAGAAGAAAUACCCAGAAUCCCUUGCAGUACUAACUCUUCCGGGACGCUACAAUAUUUUUCCAUAACUUGAGUUGGAAAACCUUGUUACAUUGUUUAAUGCAUCCAGCGGGGCAUCACAACAAAAUUAAGCAUAAUAAUGUGUGAAUUCCACGACUGUGUAUAUCGGUAUCGGUUGAUAUCGGUAUCGGUAAUUAAGAGUUGGAAAAUAUUGGGAUAUCGGAUAUCGUUAAAAAAGCCAUUAUCGGACAUCUCCACCUUUAAGGUCUAAAAUAUUUGUCAAUAUAGACAAGUAUCAAAUAAUUAUAGUUAUGUAAUUAUAACAUAUACAAAAUCUCCAAGGCAGAAGUGUAUUACAAAGAAUCCAGUAACAAACGUGUUCGCAUAAUUUAACACACUGCAUCAUGAGUUUAACUUAAUGAAUUAGUGUGGCCACUAGGUGUCACCAAACUCAAAUCAAUUACCACUCCACUUAAACUUAAAGAUAGCAUAACUCCAUUCCAGGUGGUUAUUUAUAAAUAGGUUUGUGUUUUUCAUAUCUACCAUUGUUCUCUGUUUGAGUAAUUGCACUCGAUCAAGCCUUUCUUUAUUUAAUUCCAAAAUACAAAAUAAUACAAAUAUUCUUGCUGAUAUUGUAACAGAUCAAUAUUGGUAUCAGCCAAUACUAAAUACUCCGAUAUCGGUAUUGUAUCAGUUGGGACACCCUUAGCGUUAGUGCACCUUUCCUUAUUUAUGAAUUUUAAGUAACAAGACCUGCCUGUAAUCUCCCAAAAACUGGACACACGUGCCAACUCAAUUUUAAAAUCAAGGCUAAAUGAAAGUUCUUCAUGUAUGUUGAGUUAUUACAUCUCACUACCAGAGGACGCCUCUCUCACAUUGUGCUACGGGAAUUUACGAAAUUAGGAUCAGAGCUCGCCUACGUAGUCUUCUCUGGAGUAAGACAGUUUAACUUGAGGACUUUCUGUGCUUUUCAUGUCAAAUUGUAAAUAUUCAGCUCUUCGAUAUUUGCUUCUAGGCUUUUACACAAAGGGUUAUUAUAGUGUGAAGGGAAAUCUUUUUAUUGUUGUUGACUAGCUGUUUGACACGGUUUUUCACCUGGAUUCUGGCCCAAAAAAAAAAAUCUAUUUGAGGUUGGUUGUCGCAUUCUCUUUGUGGUUGGUUGUCACACAUACGUACAAAUCCAUACAUAAAGGCGUACAAAUGUGUUUAAUAUUACUGGGGCUUGCUCGGUUUGUGUUUAGAUGAGUUAUGUCUUGUCAACUUUGACAAUGCAAUCACAUUUUCAAAUGUAGGUCUUCCUUUCUGCUUGUUAAAAAAAACAUUUGUUGCCAAUUCAAAAUAAGACUGUGCCCGAGUGUCUAUGACAGUUUAUAUAACAUUUUUGUUAUGAUGCAUUUGAUAAUAAUAGAUACGCAUUUCAAGCCAACACUUUAAAUGUUUACGCAGCUGCCUAACUUUCCAAAGUGUUGCAAUUCUGCCUUUGAGCACAUAAAUUACGGCCAUUGUAACACUUGCACACACAUUAGCUUUGUCUGUCGUCAGCUAAUGAUAGCGAUUUAGCUGCUUACUGUAUGUUCGCUAUCAAUAAAUUUCCUGUAUAUCCUAUCAUAACAACAACAUAACUGCAAAUUGUUAAUUGCUUCUUUGGGACGGACUUGUGUACCUGAAAGUCAGACUGAUUCCCCGGGUCGGCAAGCAAUUUUAAUUCGAUGCAAUUAGCAAUGGUGAAAAAUAUGGACUAAAAAAAUAAUGUUAAACAAAUAAUGGAAACAUAAGCUAGCCUGUGCACUGCAAAAAGUCAGUGUUCAAAAACAAGAAAAAAAAAUUACAAAAAUUAGGGGUAUUUUAUUUGAACUAAGCAAAAUUAUCUGCCAAUAGGACAAGAAAAUUCGGCUUGUCAAGACUUUCCAAAACAAGUAAAAUUAGCUAACCUUAAUGAACCCAAAAAAUACCUUAAAAUAAGUGCACUUUUCUUGGUAGACAAAAAAAGAGACCUUUUUGCUCAAUAUGUUGAAAAAUAUUCUUAAAUUAAAUAAAUGCUAGUGCCAUUAUCUUGACAUAAUGAUAUGCGCUCGGCAUCAUUAUUUAAUUUUUUUCAUGCUUGAAGUAAAAAAAUUAUUACCGUAUUUUUCGGAGUAUAAGUCGCACCGGAGUAUAAGUCGCACCUGCCAAAAAUGCAUAAUAAAGAAGAAAAAAAACAUAAAUAAGUCGCCUUUUUUGGGGAAAUGUAUUUGAUAAAACCCAACACCAAGAGUAGACAUUUGAAAGGCAAUUUAAAAUAAAUAAAGAAUAGUGAACAACAGGCUGAAUAAGUGUACGUUAUAUGACGCAUAAAUAACCAACUGAGAACGUGCCUGGUAUGUUAACGUAACAUAUUAUGGUAAGAGUCAUUCAAAUAACUAUAACAUAUAGAACAUGCUAUACGUUUACCAAACAAUCUGUCACUCCUAAUCGCUAAAUCCCAUGAAAUCUUAUACGUCUAGUCUCUUAUGUGAAUAACAUUAUUUGAUAUUGUACGGUAAUGUGUUAAUAUUUUCACACAUAAGUCGCUCCUGAGUAUAAGUCGCACCCCCGGCCAAACUAUGAAAAAAACUGCGACUUAUAGUCCGAAAAAUACGGUACUUUAAAAAAAGUAGUUUUAUACUUGUGAGUGUUGAUGACACAGUUUUGCAUCAGUUGAUAUUCUAGUUUCAAGCAUGUUUUACUCAGUAUAGGUCAUAAAAUAUCAGCUACAAGCUGUAAUAUCUUACUGAGAUCAUUUAGGACCAAAACCCUUAAAACAAGUAAAACACUCUAACAUAAAAUCUGCUUAAUGAGAAGAAUUAUCUUAUCAGACAGAAAAUAAGCACAUAUCACCCUUAUUUGAGAUAUUUAAUCUUACUUUGAUUUCAGUUUUUGCAGUGUGAUGUUUUUGUUAUAUUUUUUUGCUUUGAGCAAGUUGCAAACAGCCCCUUCAAGCUUCAAUUUAAUACAGGUGUAUACAGUGUGACAACUAACCUUGUUCUUCCCUUCUACCGUAAAAUUCCGGACUAUAGACCGCCAAUUUUUUCCUACGCUUUGAUUCAUGCGGCUUAUAAAAUGUAUUCGCUGACGGACAUAAUGCAAAUAGUUUUUAUUAAACACAUGCAAAUACACUAAGAGCUACUUUUCUCCUACGCUUUGAUUCAUGCGGCUUAGAACAUUUCUUUACUGACGGCCAUAAUGCAAAUACUUUUUAUUAAACACAUGCAAAUACACUGAAAUGGUAUGUUAUAGUUUGUGCUAUGGCAUCAUUUUUUGUGUUUCCUGCUGUUGAACCGGAAGUACAAAUGCCGGUCCGUCUUCUAAUCGUUCAUACCGUUUCUACUCGUAUUGAUUCUUCAUUCAUCACUCCAAGCAACGUUUCUAAGUUUCACAAUACAACUAAAACAAUUCAUACUUACUGAACUGUCUCAUGUGUGAUGUCUGUAGUGUUUUUGUUUUGGCGUUGUUAGCUUUAACUAAUAUGCUAAGACUUUCCCGAGUGUCAUUACAACGGCAUUCUUUUUGUAUCGUUUCAGUUUCACAAAUGCCUCAGUAAAUUGCCCAAAACGUCACCGUGGAGUUAUUGCGUCUGUUUAGUUGAUUGGAGAUGCCUGUUCCUUUUGAUCAGCUGUUUCACUGCCGUCUUACAGGCACCGUUUCAAAACAAUUAAGGUAUGUAAAUAAAAAUUUACAAAAUCUUUCUGUGUAAAUAACUCAUAUCACAACAUAUAUAUCUGCGGCCUAUAGUCCAGUGCAAUUAAUAUAUGGAAAAAACAGUUUUAUUUUUUAUUUAGUGGGUGUGGCUUUUAUACCCGUGUGCUCUAUAGUCCGGAAAAUACGGUACAUUUCAGGUAAAUAAUUGUUAUAUAAUAAACAUAAUAAUAAUAAUUGGUAUGUAUUUCACAAACACACAUACAUUGCUGUGCUAAAACUAAAUAAAGUGCAUUUUUUUUAAUGGUUUUCUCCUAAAUUUGUACACUAUUUAACAACAGUGUGUGCACACAGUCAGUUAAAAUGACAAAUAAGAGCUUAAUCAGUCACAAUUUCAGGUGAAAUCAUGUUUGAUUAUGUAAUGAUUUUUGAGGGAGGGUUUUAUUUCUUUUAAAUUGCAGCUACAGGUUUGACUGUGCAAUGGGCCGUGCAGCACAAAUGUCCCAGGAAGAACCCAAAAGUAGACAUAAAUGUAAUUACGUGCAAGAAUUAGGUAAUUCCGUCACGUAGACAAUUAGGAAACCGUUUCUCCCCAUUGGGAAAGAAGAAUAGCAGAAGAGGAAGACAGAGCGCUGGGAGACACAUCGACUGGAUGAUAUUGGCACUGACUAGAGAAAUGAAAACUUCCACAUUUUCUAAAAUGGAAGAAAGAAAGAAUGUUCCUUACAAGAAGACAAGUAAAGAGACUCUGGACAGAGCCAACAAUCUCAGCGGCACUCGAUUUUUUAAAUGAAUUCUCUCUUUAAAUGUUUCCUUUUUUUGUACCUUAUUAUUAUAAUUUGCUUCUGUGGUAUGAAAGCAGAUCUCAUACUUAAACACAUACAGUACAUACUUAACGACCAAAUUCACUGUUCUUGUCGCAAUAAAAGAUGAAAUUUAACCUUGACUAUUUUUUAUAAUCAGUUGCUGUUCUGUUGUUUUUGCAAAAUGUAAAUGAAUAAAGUAUAUUUGAUUUUUUUUAAGAA